AUGCCUUCUACCAAACUUCCCAUAACGGCGCAGGCAUUCAUGGACGCUUACAAAAGCUGGGAUUUGGAAAAGCUAAUGUCGUUGAGGUCGGCAGAUUGCGUUCAACGCAUCUUCCCUCAAAACCUGCCAGUACCGGCUAGAAAUAAUGACGACUUCCGCGAGUAUUUCCAAUCCAUCCAGUCUAUUUUCAAGGAUUGGGAGACAGAGACUCUGGAAACCAUUGUUGAUGCAGCCGCGCACAAGGUCGUCAUCCACGGGAUCUGCAAAGCAAGCACGAUUAUCGGCCCUUUCACCAAUGAAGUCAUGUUCGUUCUCAAAAUGACGGAGGACGAUGCAUUGAUUAAGGAUAUCAAGGAAUUCGUCGACAGCGCUGCCUCGCGGGACUUCUUCAUCCGGUUGAGGGAAACGCAGAAUCGGGAAUCUUGA